UGCCAUAUAAAUACACUCGCAACACUAUUAUAGAGCAUGUGAAGUUGCGUGAUUCAGAUCAUCCAAGAGGAGUGUCCCGCUUUCAACUCCUGUAUAGUGACUGCAAGAACUCUCGUCCGUAAACAAGGAUUUUGCGUGAUUUUGUUUAUCUAUGAACUAAAAAAACUCAAAAACUGACGUUUUCUUCAUGGAGAAAGUUUUGAAAUUCUAAAGCUGGAUACACAGACACUCUCAAAUCGCAUAUUGCUCAUUCUUUGCUUUGGUACUGGUUUGGGCCAUGCCGGACCUGAAGAAGUACCUCACCGAGGGCCUGAUCCAAGUAGCUAUUCUUCUCAGUCUGGCUGGGAUGCGUGUGGACGUGGAUCCCUACCUGCCCCCUUUUAGCGAAAUCAUUCUGGGCCCAAAUUCAGCUCUAACUCAGACCCAGUUCCACAAUCUCCGAAACAUCUUGGAUGGAUAUAACCUACAUCCCAAAAGCGUAGAUCUAGAUGGGUUCUUCACAGCUCGCAGGCUUCUAAACUGGGUUCGUUCCUUAGACCGCCUGCAGGUGCCAGCGGCAGAGUUGGAAGCAUGGUUGGUCCACAGGGAGCCUGACAAUGGCACAAUGGUCUCCAUUCCGGCUCAAGUGGGUCUUCUUGAGGAAGGCGGAGGUCUUGAAGAUGUGGAGGAACCCUCCGAGCUAAGCAUGAGGUUGGGGAAUGGAGGAGAACUGGGUUAUGAUGUAGCUGAGAAUCAAACCCUUGGAGCUUUGGGGCACAUGUCAAGAAGCCUCACCCAUCUAGAUGACGAAGAACUCCUUAAAGAGGAGGGAGAUGGUAUGUCUUUCUUCUGGGAGCAGGAACCUCAAAAUAUCCACCAGGAGCAGUUAGAAAAUGCCAGCAUCCAACCUCUCAGCCUGCUUAAUGAGGAAGAAGAGGAUGAGGAUGAGUUUAUGGUGGAUAGCUGGAGAAAUACAAAUCCAUUUCACAAUCAAAUGUUUGGAGAGGAUCUACAGUUGUCAGGUGUAAGGGACAACAACACUUCUCUUUCCAUUGAAGAGUGCUUGCAUCUUAUUGAUGCCAACUUCCCCUCAGGGGAUCCAGAGUUGACGGGCCCUGAUGUGCAGAAUGUAGGAGAACAUGCGCUUUCAGACUUUCAGAGGCCACUCAUGUCACCCUUGUUGCCUGAGCAGGAAUCAACAACAUUAGAGCAACAAUGGCAAGACGUUUUGGCCAUCAUGGAAUCACAGGACAUGGAUACAGCUGAAACAAUAGGUGAUUCUCCCUUCAGUGAUUCAGACAGAAAUAUGGAAAAUUUUAUUCAUCAGGAUGUUAGCCUUCACCAAGCUGCUCUGCCAAGAUCCACUGAAGCACAAAACACUGUCGCCAUGGAAGAACCCUGUUGCAUUAACAACCACUCUGUGCCAAACAUCAAUUUAGGCAGUUCUUCUAAUGCCGAAGCUUUCGAAGACUCUGAUAUCAUAGACCUCCUUCUGACUUCUGGGACUAGCCUGCCAAGUACUAUAGAUCCUCUACUUGAAGAAGCCAUGCUUGAUGAGAUUGACCUAAUGGAUUUGGCCCUGGAAGAACUUAGCCAGGCACAGUCUGAAGAACAAAACCCAGCAGAUUCUGACUCUGGUUUAUCCCUGGACUGCAGUCAAAGCCCUGCCUCUCCUAAUGGAUCUGAAUCUUCCAGUUCCUCUUCAUCUUCUUCAUGCUCUUCAUCACCGUCCAGCCCAACCCCUAGUUUGGUGCCCGAGGAAGGCGCUGUGGGCUACACCCGUAUCAAGGAAGAGGAUGAAGAUGUGAGCUACACCCAUAUCAAGGAAGAGGAUGAAGAUCUCGGAUACACCCACGGAGCUGUGGGCGGGUACAUGCCAGAACAAACCAAAAUGUGCCAAUCAAGCUUCUUGGAGGCCAGGCAGUUCCAUCGCCUUCCUUGGCUCGAGCACAUCGGACACGAUCAUAACUACAUCCAACCUCAAAGCCAAAAGAAACCUCCAAAAGAUCUUCCUGACGAGUCGCCAAAAAACAAAAUGCUGGAGCAUCUCUCUGGCCGGGAUGAGAAACGUGCUCGUUUGAUGAAUAUCCCGUUCUCCAAUGAACGCAUCGUAAACUUACCCGUCGAAGAGUUCAAUCGCUUGCUAGCGAAAUACCAUCUCAAUGAGGCUCAGCUUACACUUAUCAGAGACAUUCGCCGCAGGGGUAAAAACAAAAUGGCUGCUCAGAACUGUCGUCGAAGGAAGCUUGAUGUCCUGCUGGAUUUGGAGUGUAGUGUGGAUAGCCUGCGACGCCUCCGGGCCAAACUGCUCAGGGAGAAAUCUGAGAUCUUGCGCUCCAUCAGGGAGAUGAAGCAGCAUCUUAAUAGCUUGUAUCAAGAGGUUUAUGAGAGGCUGAGGGAGGAACAGGGACUGCUGUACUCUGACAACAACUUUACUUUGCAGGAAGACAGCACCAGGCCUGUAACAUCACAACGCAGAUCAGAUUCACACUCCAGACGCAAACUUAACAAAAGACAAAAACACAAGAAGUGAGGUGGAGGACUCAUGUUAUGACAAGGCUCAGGAAAAUUGCUCUCUGCUGUGAAGACAACCUGCUGGUUUUCCACAGUUCAAUGGGAAAUUGCACCAAGUAGGGUAUUUUUACCCAAGUGAUCAUCCUUGAUAACGUAUUAUGCUAUGUAGGCACGUUUGAAUGAACUUUAGGUUCCACAGAGUUUUGACGUUAAAGUGCCAUAUCAUGAGUUUUCUUGACCUUUUAAGGUAAAGGCACUGAUGUCCUCUAAACCUACUAGAGUCUAGUUGAAGAAAGCGCUCCAUUUCACAUGUUAAACGAGGCACAGGAGCAAAUAACACUGUUUAUUUCACAUAGAGGGUGACAAAGAAGCUGUUUCACUCAGUUAUGAAAGAAAAGACGAUUACUUGUGUUUCACGUCCACUUUGAGAACCAAACUGGGCUAUAAGAAUGUAAGGAGUAUCUGAAUUGGUCUCAAUGUCAGAAAACAAAAAUAAUCCCAUGUUAGAGCAGAAAAUGAUAAGUUAUGCUUGGAAUCCAAGCAUUGAAACAAAGUUUUAUUGCAUUUUAACUACUGCUUAAAGGGAUGCUUGAAAAUUCCGCCAUUAAUUACUCACCCUCAUGUCGUUCCAAACCCGUACGUUCAUCUUGGAACACAAUUUAAGAUAUUUUUAACGAAACCCAAGAGCUUUCUGACCCUUUGUAGACAGCAACGCAACUACCACGUUCAAGGUCCAUUGUUAAAAUAGUCCAUGUGACAUCAGCACAACCGUAAUGUUACGAAGCUACAAGAUUGCUUUUUGUGCACAAAAUAAACAAAAAUACAGACUGUAUUCAACAAUUUCUUAGUUUCCGUGUCAGUCCGUCUGUUUCCCCCAGACACUUUUUGUGUGGCGGUAAUUUCCCCUGGAUCUUGCGUAAAAAAACAAUUCGAUAUUUGUGCUGGUCUGAACAGAAACAGCAGACAGGCUGUUCAUUUUCUGCCAGCAGGAGGUGCUUUUGAAAUGGCACAAAUAGCGGUUUUCCUGGUAAUGUCUGUAAUCAAAGCAGGGUUACACUCACAAACUAUUUUUUGCGGUCAGAUUUGAAAUUGUGACGGGCCCGUAACAAAUAAAUCAAUGUAUGGGAAACACUGGUACCACAUGGUAGUACAGCUGCUGUCAUUGAAGAGUCAAAAAGCUCUCGAAUUUAAUAAAAAAAUAUGUUGUGUUCCAAAAAUGAAUGACAUGAGGGUGAGUAAUUAAUGAGAGAAUGUUCAUUUUUGGGUAAACUAUCCCUUUAAGGUCAAAGUAUACUUCUGUUUUUUUACGCGUACACGAGGGACAGCGUAGAGUGCGCGUGACACAGAUUGUUGUACACGCAUCAGAUUUUUGUAACUACAUGUGCAAUGACUUGGUUUUGCACUAAUCAGUAGUUCCACAAGGUGGCAGCACUGGCCUGGGCCAUUGUUUCACAGUAGAAAACCAAACUAAAGAGACAGAACAACUACAGAAUAGUGGAGACUACAACAAGAAGCAUCAGUGCUUUUAUUGUUAUUAUUUUUUUUU